AUGAAGCUGCUCUGCAGUCCACUGAAACAUACUGGUGUUAAUUUACUUCUAACCCUUCUUAUUAUAAUGAAUUUUUUGGGCGAUGUCUCUGCCACAUAUAGGCAUAUAUCUUUGUUUCAUGAUACCAAGGAAGCCUCCAUCAAUUACUUUUCCUUAGCUCCUGAUAACCCCUUUGAUCCUUCGAAUGAACUUUAUAGACUCUACAUUAUCUAUAUUUUGCUGAAUAAUUUAUUUGUUGAUUAUCCAAUCGCAGCUCGUUCUGCCGCCGAUCAAAACAAGAAUACAAAUAUUAUGGCAAUAUGUACUAUUGCUAAAAAUAGGGCUCACCUUCUUGAUUUUGAUUUUGAUGUUAAUGUGACAGAUGCUUAUUUAGAUCGUGAUCUUUUUGAUCAUUUAAGUACGGUGUUCGGUGGAUCUGUGGCUAUCAAUGGUACCCUUCCGCCAAUCAAUGAGUAUGAAGUUUCAAGUUUAUAUGACUGGUUCAUGAAGCAAAGGGUGUUCAUAAUGCAUGUUGCUGACAACGACAAACAAUCGAACUCUCCAUUAUCCAAAGUAUCAACGGCAGACAUGACAUCGUCUAUUGCUAUGUCUAUCAGCAAUAUUUGGUCUGGUGACUAUGAGUCACUAUCUGCUCUAGAUGGUAGUCUUGGAGGUUACCUAAUGGUGGAGGAAGAGAGAAUCAAUUAUGUAAUUUAUAGGUAUUCGAAGAAUAAAAGAGAACUGGGUUCGUUUUCCGCUUUCAAUGCAGAGGCUAUUGAAAUAAACAGGCUUCUUAUCGAAGCUCUCCAUACAAAAAUCCCAAACAAUACAAUAGGUUCAUGUCUUUCAUUCUUUCAUAAUGGACCUUCAGCUGUUUAUAUUAAAUUUCUUGAGGCUGAAAGUGACCUGACUUUUGAUGAUAUACCUUGUGAGGGUAUGAUGGGAUGGGGUGCCUAG